AGAGGAAGAGAAAAGCCUCACGUCACACUCACGUGACGUCUAUCUACCAAAAUGGAGGUGACGAAGAGAAGGCCGUUGUUUACAUCGCUUGUUGCGUUUGUUAUUCUUUCUAUUUCGCUCUGGAGUGGAUAUUGUUCUGCUGCAGAUCAUGUCACAUCAUUUCAGCAAAGUGUUUCAGAUGUAGAAAGUGAAUCUCAUUCUGACCAGGGGUCGUUUUUACGCCUUUUGCGUAAACGUAGAGACGCUGUUCCAGAUGAUGUUACGACGACUGAAUCGGAAAAAUACGAUCAGCGUUGUUUGAAUCAGAAAGAGAAAUUUUCGGAACUUCGAAACAGCAUCAAGGCUGGCCAGCGACUAGAGGAAACGUAUACCUUCUUGAAUGAAAGCAAGUUCAAUCUGGCGCUUGCAUGGGCUGGCGUCGAUGAUGAUGGGCACCGACAAUGGGCGCAGCUGGAAGAACUGGAACGAUCAUGUGGACAACAACAUCUUCCGACAGAGCGACGGCCUGCAGAGGAAUCCGCACAACCCCAAGAAGGUGUACCUGAUCGGCUAUGAGCACUUCCUGUACGUGACGGAGGACGGCGGGGAGAAGUGGCACAAGAGCGACCUGGUCCACGACGACGAAGGCCAGAAGCUCACCGCCAUCGACGAGCAGUUGGAGUUCCAUCCUGAAUCGGAUUAUGAGGACUACGUGAUGGUCACCUCGAAUGACAGGAAGGAAGACGAGAAACUGAUGAUGAUUUCAUCUGAUGGUGGAGAGAGCUGGAAUGAAGCUCAACUGCCUACUCUAAUCGGGGACAGGACACUGGUCACGGUGUUCUGUACACGUCCUGGGAGAACGGAAUCGUGUACUCGGAGUCCUUGCCCAACCAUUUGUUCCCCAACUACAACACAGUGCACGACUUUUACAAGAUCAAGUCUAUUCGUGGUGUGUACCUGGCCAGCCAAAUGAGUUACGACAAAUCCAUUCACACAGUGAUCACCUACAACUUGGGAGGGGAGUGGAAGAAUGUGUCACGCCCCAUUGGAGUGCCCUGUGAGAACAGUGAAGAGGUGCUGAAAGGUCCCCACGCCUACGAGAUUGCCGACAGCGGAGGUCUGGUUGUGGCUGUGCCCCUGAACGACCCGUACCCGAAGACCAUCAAGUUCAGCACGGACGAGGGAAACUGCUGGCACGUGUACAAGUUCACCGACCAGGAGAUCAAAUUCACUGGCCUUCUGACUGAGCCGGGCGGCAAAUCCUUGACCAUCAGCGUCUGGGGCUACCUGAAGGACACCAAGAAGUGGACGCUGAACGUCAUCGACUUUGGAAAAGUUGUCACCAAGCACUGUGAGUCGUGA